GCCGCCGCGGGAAAGCCGCGGAGACUGAGCACUUUCCUCGGGUCCGAGGGGCGCCCCGCGGGGCGCACGGUGCCAGGACCGCAGCCGGGCACGCCGCGGCGCCGGGGCCCCUCUCGGAGAUGGAGCCCGGGCUGCCCGAAGCGUGAGGCGCCGCCGCCGGGUCUGGAGAGGGGGCCACAGGGUCUGGAGACCCCGGGCGCGGACGGAGCCCUCCCCCAGCCCCGCCUCCGGGGCACCCGCUUCGGCUCCAUUGUUCCCGCCCGGACUGGAGGCACCGGGCGCCGGGCGCCGCCGGGAGUCGAGAACCGGCCGCGGGGCUGUCGCGGCCCCGCCAGGAGCCCGGGGGCGGCGGCCGGAGCGGGGGACGCGGGCGCCCGCCCGCCCGAUCGAGCCACGGCGGACUCUCCAGAGGCGGAACCGCAGCGCCGAGUGAGAGUCAGCUUGAAAAGGAGGUUCAAGCUCAGGGCGGAGUCUCCAUGGAGGUGUGGAGCCUUGUCACCAACCUCUAACUGCAGAACUGGGAUGUGGAGCUGGAAGUGCCUCCUCUUCUGGGCUGUGCUGGUCACAGCCACACUCUGCACUGCCAGGCCAGCCCCGACCUUGCCUGAACAAGCCCAGCCCUGGGGAGCCCCUGUGGAAGUGGAGUCCUUCCUGGUCCACCCUGGUGACCUGCUGCAGCUCCGCUGUCGGCUGCGGGACGAUGUCCAGAGCAUCAACUGGCUGCGGGACGGGGUACAGCUGGUGGAAAGCAACCGUACCCGCAUCACAGGGGAGGAGGUGGAGGUGCGGGAUUCUGUGCCCGCUGACUCCGGCCUCUACGCUUGCGUGACCAGCAGCCCCUCGGGCAGCGACACCACCUACUUCUCCGUCAAUGUCUCAGAUGCGCUCCCCUCCUCGGAGGACGACGAUGACGAUGAUGACUCCUCUUCAGAGGAGAAAGAGACAGAUAACACCAAACCAAACCGUAUGCCCGUGGCUCCGUACUGGACGUCUCCAGAAAAAAUGGAAAAGAAACUGCAUGCAGUACCAGCUGCCAAAACAGUAAAGUUCAAAUGCCCUUCCAGUGGGACCCCUAACCCCACACUGCGCUGGUUGAAAAAUGGCAAAGAAUUCAAACCUGACCACAGGAUUGGAGGCUACAAGGUCCGUUAUGCCACCUGGAGCAUCAUCAUGGACUCCGUGGUGCCUUCUGAUAAGGGCAACUACACCUGCAUUGUGGAAAACGAGUAUGGCAGCAUUAACCACACCUACCAGCUUGACGUUGUGGAGCGGUCCCCUCACCGGCCCAUCCUGCAGGCAGGGUUGCCUGCCAACAAGACCGUGGCCCUGGGCAGUAAUGUGGAGUUCAUGUGUAAGGUGUACAGUGACCCACAGCCCCACAUCCAGUGGCUAAAGCACAUCGAGGUGAAUGGGAGUAAGAUUGGCCCGGACAACCUGCCUUAUGUCCAGAUCUUGAAGCUCCCUGUCUUCACAUCACAUGGGAGCAAAGUAUGGCAACAUCUCAGUGUUUGCCCAACUGACUGGCGUGUCGUUGGUUUGUUCCAGCAUUCGGGGAUUAAUAGCUCGGAUGCGGAAGUGCUGACCCUGUUCAAUGUGACAGAGGCCCAAAGCGGGGAGUAUGUGUGUAAGGUUUCCAAUUAUAUUGGUGAAGCUAACCAGUCUGCGUGGCUCACUGUCACCAGACCUGUGGCAAAAGCCCUGGAAGAGAGACCCGCAGUGAUGACCUCGCCCCUGUACCUGGAGAUCAUCAUCUACUGCACAGGGGCCUUCCUCAUCUCCUGCAUGGUGGGGUCUGUCAUCAUCUACAAGAUGAAGAGUGGCACCAAGAAGAGCGACUUCCAUAGCCAGAUGGCCGUGCAUAAGCUGGCCAAGAGCAUUCCUCUGCGCAGACAGGUAACAGUGUCGGCUGACUCCAGCGCAUCCAUGAACUCCGGGGUUCUGCUCGUGCGGCCCUCCCGCCUCUCCUCCAGCGGAACCCCCAUGCUGGCUGGGGUCUCUGAGUAUGAGCUUCCCGAAGACCCUCGCUGGGAGCUGCCUCGAGACAGACUGGUUCUAGGCAAACCCCUGGGAGAGGGCUGCUUUGGGCAGGUGGUGUUGGCAGAGGCCAUUGGCCUGGACAAGGACAAACCCAACCGUGUGACCAAAGUGGCUGUGAAGAUGUUGAAGUCGGAUGCAACAGAGAAAGACCUGUCUGACCUGAUCUCAGAAAUGGAGAUGAUGAAGAUGAUCGGGAAGCACAAGAACAUCAUCAACCUGCUGGGGGCCUGCACACAGGAUGGUCCUUUGUACGUCAUCGUGGAGUAUGCCUCCAAGGGCAACCUCCGCGAGUACCUGCAGGCCCGGAGGCCUCCUGGGCUGGAAUACUGUUACAACCCCAGCCACAACCCCGAGGAGCAGCUCUCCUCCAAGGACCUGGUAUCCUGCGCCUACCAGGUGGCCCGAGGCAUGGAGUAUCUGGCCUCCAAGAAGUGCAUACACCGAGACCUGGCUGCCAGGAAUGUCCUGGUGACGGAGGACAAUGUGAUGAAGAUCGCGGACUUUGGCCUCGCUCGGGACAUUCACCACAUCGACUACUAUAAAAAGACAACCAAUGGCCGACUGCCUGUGAAGUGGAUGGCACCCGAGGCAUUGUUUGACCGGAUCUACACCCACCAGAGUGAUGUGUGGUCUUUUGGGGUGCUCCUGUGGGAAAUCUUCACUCUGGGAGGCUCCCCAUAUCCUGGCGUGCCUGUGGAGGAGCUGUUCAAGCUGCUGAAGGAGGGUCAUCGUAUGGACAAGCCCAGCAACUGCACCAACGAGCUGUACAUGAUGAUGCGGGAUUGUUGGCACGCAGUACCCUCUCAGAGGCCUACCUUCAAGCAGCUGGUAGAAGACCUGGACCGCAUUGUGGCCUUGACCUCCAACCAGGAGUAUCUGGACCUGUCAAUGCCCCUGGACCAAUACUCUCCCAGCUUUCCCGACACCCGAAGCUCUACCUGCUCCUCGGGGGAAGAUUCUGUCUUCUCUCAUGAGCCGUUGCCUGAGGAGCCCUGUCUGCCCCGACACCCAGCCCAGCUUGCCAAUGGCGGACUCAAACGACGCUGACUAGCACCCCAGCACUGCCCUCCCCAAACUCCAUCAUCAGCUGUAACUCACCCAUCACUCCCCACAGGAUUCACUGCCUCCCCUUUGCCCCUUCCCUGCUGGCGGGAGCCAGCUGCCUACCUGAGGCCUUCACCCCACUGAGUUCGCCUCUCUUCCUCCUCCUCCUCUCAACCUGCUUAUGAGAGAGAGGAGUAGGGAGGCUGGUACUUGCUGAUGGCCACUCCGUUCCCUCCCCAAUGGUGGACCAAGACCCCUCCCCGCCACCUGGCACUGCCUAGAGGGGUGAGUGGGAGGUAAGCGUGCUGAGCAGGCAGGUUGGCGAGAGCUGACGGAGCUUUCUCGUGUUGGUUUUGUCUGCUUCACCGCCACCCAUAAGCCCUUGUGUUCCGGUAGCAGGUGCCUCGUCCUCAAGGCUACAGUAGUAGGGAGGGGAAGUCUCUGCUUCGGGCCUCGGUUGAAGGCAACCUCUGCUCCAGAGAGAUGGUGCCAUUGGCUUAUUAAUUCUGAUACUAAUUUGCUUUGCUGACCAAACACUUGGUACCAGAGGACAGGGAGGCGAAGGCUGGGAGCAGUGCCGUGGCCCUGGGGCCCAGCCCCAACUGGGGGCUUUGUACAUAGCUAUGAAGAAAACACAAAGUGUAUAAAUCUGAGUAUAUAUUUACAUGUCUUUUUAAAAGGGUUGUUACCAGAGAUUUACCCACUGGGUAAGAUGCUCCUGGUGGCUGGGAGACAUCAGUUGCUAUAUAUUAAAAACAAAGAAAAAAGAAAAAAAAAGGAAAAUGUUUUUUAAAAGGUCAUAUAUUUUUUGCUACUUUUGCUGUUUUAUUUUUUUAAAUUAUGUUCUAAACCUAUUUUCAGUUUAGGUCCCUCAAAUAAAAAUUGCUGCUGCUUCAUUUUUAUAUGGGCUGUGUGACAAGGGAGAGAAUGUCAACCAAAAAGGAGCAAAAAUGAUGGGCCCUGGUCUGUGUCUGUCCGGAGGGCCCUGCACAUUCCCUGCAGUUUCCUCCUAACCUCUUCCUUUUAGGUCCCGGACUGAGACCUCCGGACAAAACGCCCACUUCUUGGAUGCUUUUGGAAAGGCAGGAAAAGAAGACAUCUGCGUAGGGAGCAGGAACCUCCUGCCAGUGCACCAGAGGUGCCUGGGCCAAAGCCAAGAACCCCCCCCCCCCCCCCGCAGCCCUCAACCACAAAUUGUUUCCUCAGGGGAAACUGGUGGGGUCGGGCAGGUCAGAGGGUCAGAGAGGGAGCUGGGAGCCUCUCUCAGAAUAGCCAAGGCGUAGAACUAAAGAGGUGGAGGAAUGCUAAGGAUGAUUCCGACAGGGGCGUGCAGAAACUCAGACCCAGAUUUGCAUCUACGCCCUCUGUGUGCGUGUGGUUUUGCUUGUGCUGCUGUGGAAGGAGAAGCUUGUCACCUAGGACGAGGUCUACAUUAAAGUCCCUUGCUUCAUGUUUUCCAGCCUGCUCUGUGUUUGUGAUCCUCCCCCACACCAGUCCCCACGUGAUCAAACUGCAUGCGUUGGGACUAUCACAGAUCUUGGCUUCCUAUAGUUCUUCCUGUACAAACCCCACCCCCUCCCUCAGGAAGGGAAAAAUGCUCUAAAUGUUUAUGGCAGCUUGGAAAUUCACUUCCUCUGCCACCUGCUGGUCGUCUCUGCACUUGCCAAGUGUGUCCUGGCUCCUCUGAGCUCCGUGCUCAACCUGCUCCUGUGCAGAGUCUAGCCAGCGGUUCUCAACCUGUGGGUUGCGACCCCUUUGGCGGUCGAACGACCCUUUCACAAGGGUCUCCUAAGACCAUCCUGCAUAUCAGAUAUUUAAUUACAAUUCAUAACAGUAGCAACAUUACAGUUAUGAAGUAGCAACGAAAAUAACUUUAUGGUUGGGUCACCACAUGAGGAACUGUAUUUAAAGGGCCAGAAGGUUGAGAACCACUGCGUCUAGACCGAAAGCUUCUUUUUUUGCCGUACGGCUAAAUACAGAAGAAAGUUCACUGUGCUUUCAUUUCUGUAGAGAAAAUGGGAUUGCUGCCCUAUGUUCCUUUCUGAGCUAGCUGGGGGUUUUUUGGCAGCUGCAAUGUUGGCUACAAUUGUAAAUUAGUUCUCUUUCCUUGUGUCUCUGUAAAUAUGCAACUGUCAAUCUAUUACAGUUUGUGUUUAUGUUUAAUGAAGGCAUAAUUUGGUGAACAGAGCCAGGAAAUGAAUUUUAGCUCUUAAAAACAUUUGCUUUCAGACCUUAUAGUGGUAUCUUUCCUUGUAAAAUAGGGAUGAUCAUUUCUGCCUUGGUCCUUGAAGCAAUGUUGUGAGAAUGGAUGAUCUAUGAAGGGCUUUAUAUCCCUGUGGGAGAGGUGCUAGAGAAAUAUAUAAGGCACUAUUAUAAGUGAUGUCUUUGUUGUUACUACUCAAAUCACCCACGGAUUUCCCCAGAGACUGAGCCUGGCUGUCUAAUAAAAGAUAGUGAAAUUGA